AUGCCGGCAACGACCUCCUUCAUGCUCGCCGCAGUCUUAUUGUCGGGCUGGCUGGCGGCCCAGCUCGCCGCAGCGUCGGCCAUGCCGCCGGUGGCGACCAACUGGGAGGAGAACGUGCUGCGGUUCUGCGACGCGCCGAGCAUCUCCAACCUGCGGGUGAAGCUCAUCUCGGCCAAGCUGAGCGUGCAGGCCCUCGCCCUCCACAACCAUCUGCUGUGCGACGACCUGGCCCGACUGGCCGGGCGGCUGGCCGACUUCAAGGACGACCACCACCUGCCGGCCCAGCUCCGCUCGACCCUCACCUCCUACUGGCAGCUGGAUGAAGGCGUGCGGGCCGACACUACAUUGGAAGGCCUGGCCAAGCUCAAGCCCGCCUUCAGCGCGUCGGGCACGAGCACGGCGGGCAAUUCGUCGCAGGUGUCGGACGGCGCGUCGGCGGUGCUGCUUAUGACCCGCGCCCUCGCCGAAACCCACGGCUGGGAGGUGCUGGGCGUCUUCCGCUCCUUCGUCGCCGUCGGCUGCGACCCCGCCAUUAUGGGCAUCGGGCCGGCGCUGGCGAUUCCGAGGGCCGUGGAGAAGGCCGGUCUGUCGCUGGCCGACAUCGGCCUGUUCGAGAUCAACGAGGCCUUCGCCUCCCAGUUCCACUACUGCGUGGAGGAGCUCCGCAUCCCGCUCGACAGGAUCCGUUGGGCUGCACCGGGACUCACGACGUCCCUCCUGCACGAGAUGGGCCGGCGCGAGGUUCGCUACGGCGUCGUUUCCAUGUGCGUGGGCACCGGGAUGGGCGCCGCCGCCGUCUUCGAGCGCUGCUGA